AUGGAUAAUGAAUUUUAUGAAAAUCUAACCCAAUAUUUGAAAACUCUUACAUACUCACCGGAUUUGGACAACUCUCAACGGAUUAAACUGCAAAAAGAUUCAACCCAAUACAUAAUGAAAAAUAACUUACUACACAAACGAACUAGAGAUGGUGAUAAGAGA